AUGGGUCAAGGUCCUUCAGGAAUGCCAGGUGGCGAUAACCUUAACAAGAGGAAAGAUGAUAAGAAAAAAGAAAAACCAAAGUACGAACCACCAGUAGAAUCAAAGUUUGGUAAAAAGAAAAGAAGAGGCCCUGAUAUGGCAGUUAAAUUACCCAGUGUCUACCCCAACACAAGAUGCAAAUUGAAAUUAUUAAAGUUAGAAAGAAUCAAAGACCAUUUGUUGUUGGAAGAAGAGUUUGUUACCAACCAAGAAGCAUUCCAACCUACAGAGGCAAGACAAGCAGAAGAAAGAGAAAAAGUCGACGAAUUGAGAGGAUAUCCGAUGGCAAUUGGGACUUUAGAAGAAAUAAUCGACGAUGAUCAUGCAAUUGUGUCUAGUACUGCUAGUUCAGAAUACUAUGUGUCAAUCAUGUCGUUUGUAGACAAGGGGUUAUUAGAACCUGGGUGUUCGGUUCUUUUACAUCAUAAAACAGUGGCAGUGGUAGGAGUAUUACAGGAUGAUGCUGAUCCUAUGGUUUCAGUAAUGAAACUCGAUAAAUCCCCUACAGAAUCGUAUGCUGACAUUGGAGGGUUGGAAUCUCAAAUUCAAGAAAUCAAAGAAGCUGUUGAAUUGCCAUUGACACAUCCUGAAUUGUACGAAGAAAUGGGAAUCAAGCCUCCGAAAGGGGUGAUAUUAUAUGGUGCUCCAGGUACUGGUAAAACCUUGUUGGCCAAAGCAGUUGCAAAUCAAACAAGUGCCACUUUUUUGAGAAUUGUCGGAUCGGAGUUGAUCCAGAAAUACCUAGGCGAUGGUCCAAGGUUGUGUCGUCAAAUUUUCCAAAUUGCUGCUGAUCAUGCACCUUCGAUUGUUUUUAUUGAUGAAAUCGACGCCAUUGGUACAAAGAGAUACGAGUCUACUUCUGGUGGUGAACGUGAGAUCCAGAGAACCAUGUUGGAGUUAUUGAAUCAAUUGGACGGGUUUGAUGAUAGAGGUGACAUCAAAGUUAUUAUGGCUACAAAUAAGAUAGAGUCGCUUGACCCUGCAUUAAUCAGACCAGGAAGAAUCGAUAGAAAGAUUUUAUUUGAGAACCCUGACGCUAACACAAAGAAGAAGAUUUUGACCAUCCAUACUUCAAAGAUGAGUUUGGCAGAUGACGUUAACUUGGAUGAAAUAGUCACUGGUAAAGAUGACUUGUCUGGUGCUGAUAUAAAAGCUAUAUGUACAGAAGCUGGGUUAUUAGCAUUAAGAGAAAGACGUAUGCAAGUCAAAGCUGAAGAUUUUAAGUCGGCAAAGGAAAGAGUAUUGAAAAACAAGGUCGAAGAGAAUCUUGAAGGUUUGUAUUUGUAA